AUGGAGGGACAGCAGAAGCUGCUCUCGGCCGAUCUCGAAGAGGCCGAUCCCACUGUAUACAACAUUAUCCAAAAGGAGAAGAGGAGGCAAAAGCACUUUAUCAACCUGAUCCCCUCGGAAAACUUCACAUCCCAAGCAGUCCUGGAUGCUUUGGGCAGUGUCAUGCAAAACAAGUACUCGGAAGGAUACCCCGGAGCAAGAUACUAUGGCGGAAACGAGCACAUUGACGAGGCCGAGAGACUGUGCCAGCAGAGAGCCCUCCAGGCCUUCCGUCUCGACCCAGAGAAGUGGGGCGUCAAUGUCCAGCCCCUGUCCGGAUCGCCUGCCAACCUCUACGCCUACUCAGCCCUCCUCAAUGCACACGACCGCAUCAUGGGUCUCGAUCUCCCUCACGGUGGCCACUUGUCACACGGUUACCAAACUCCCACCAAGAAGAUUUCGGCCAUUUCAAAAUACUUUGAGACUUUGCCAUACAGACUCGACGAGAAGACUGGUCUGAUCGAUUACGUCAAACUACAGGAGCUGGCUAUGCUCUACCGUCCCAAGAUCAUCAUUGCUGGUACUUCAGCCUACAGCCGAUUGAUCGACUACAAGAAGUUCCGCGACGUGGCCGACAACGUUGGCUCAUACCUCCUUUCCGACAUGGCUCACAUCUCCGGUCUCGUUGCUGGCGGCGUCAUUCCUUCUCCCUUCGACUACUCAGAUGUCGUCACCACCACUACACACAAAUCUCUUCGCGGUCCUCGUGGAGCCAUGAUCUUCUUCCGCAAGGGCGUACGAAGCGCCGACAAGAAGGGCAAUGAGAUCAUGUACGAUCUUGAAGGUCCUAUCAACUCGUCCGUCUUUCCUGGCCAUCAAGGUGGUCCGCACAACCACACCAUCACCGCAUUGGCCGUUGCAUUGCAGCAGGCUCAGUCGUCCGAGUUCAAGCAGUACCAGCAGACUGUCCUCGACAACGCAAAGGCCUUUGCUUCCCGCCUUGGAAAUGGAAAGGACAAGGGCGGUCUUGGCUACACCAUCGUCUCUGGCGGCACUGACAAUCAUUUGGUUCUGGUCGAUCUUAAGGACAAGAACAUUGACGGUGCCCGUGUCGAGCGCAUUCUCGAGCUUGUUGGUGUCGCUGCUAACAAGAACACCGUCCCUGGCGACAAGUCUGCCAUGAAGCCUGGUGGUCUCCGUAUGGGUACUCCUGCCAUGACUACCCGUGGCUUCCAGCCCGAGGACUUCAAGCGUGUUGCUGAUGUCGUCCACCGUGCUGUUGAGAUCACUCGCAGACUGGACGGAGUUGCCAAGGAGGCAGCCGAGAAGGCUGGUCGUAAGAACCCUGGCAGUGUCAACGCUUUCAGAGAGUAUGUUGGCGAAGGAGAGGAGAUUACAGAGGUCGUCCAGCUGAGAAAGGAAGUUGAGGACUGGGUCGGCACUUUCUCUCUGCCUUGGGACAAAGCAUGA